AUGGAUACUGAAAGCAAGGAUAGUACUCAGGAAACUGUUCAGGAUGUGGACUUUGUUCAGGAGAAUCUCCAGUCCAAGGUCUCCAAACCGUUGUGGAUUCUCAUUGUCCUGACGAUCCUCUCCUCCACUUUCCUUUUUUCGCUGGAUAAUACAAUUGUCGCUGAUGUACAGUCGCCUAUCGUCAAUCGGUUUGGGGAGGUGGGAAAGCUGAGCUGGCUGGGUGUCGCUUUUGUGCUGUCUGGUUCAGCUACGAUUAUUACCUGGGGAAAGCUGUUCGGCAUCUUCAGCGCGAAAUGGCUAUACCUGAUCUCGGUCAUCCUCUUUGAGGCUGGCAGUGCUCUCUGUGGAGCUGCUCCUAGCAUGAACGCGUUCAUUGUUGGCCGUGCUCUUGCAGGGUUGGGGGGCGCGGGAAUGUACCUUGGCUGCAUUACCCUGCUCUCGCUCACUACUUCCGUUCGGCAACGCCCAAACUAUAUGGCGCUCACCGGAAUCACUUGGGGAUCUGGGACUGUGCUUGGGCCGGUAAUCGGUGGUGCGUUCUCGGAAAACUCACAUGCGACCUGGCGAUGGGCCUUUUAUAUCAAUCUCUGCAUCGGCGGUGCUUUCGCUCCGAUUUACAUCUUCUUCCUGCCCCGUGGAGAUCCACAGGACAUCGGGCUCAAACAGAAGCUGCUGCAGAUCGACUAUCUCGGCAUGAUAUUGAAUGUCGGUGCUUUCACGGCCCUCAUCAUGGCUAUCAACUUUGGAGGCAAUAUCUAUGACUGGGGUGCUGGGCAAGAAAUCGCUCUUUGGGUUGUCGGUGGAGUCUUGCUGCUUUUGUUUGCUCUGCAACAGCGAUUCACCAUUGGCACUACGGAUACAGAGCGCAUUUUUCCAGCUGACUUUCUACGCCAACCUCUUAUGUGGCUGCUGUUUGCACUCAUGUGCUCUGCUUCCACCUGUGUUUUCAUUCCCACCUACUACAUUCCCUUGUAUUUCCAAUUCGUGAGAGGAGACUCAGCUCUAACUGCAGGCGUGCGAUUGCUUCCAUUUAUUUGCCUCAUGGUAGUCUUCGGAUUCGCAAACGGCGGUCUGAUGUCCAAAUUUGGAUACUACAUGCCUUGGUAUCUGACUGGUGGGAUACUGACAACCAUUGGAGGCGCUUUAAUGAGCAUCAUCGACGAGAAUAGCCCCAACAGCCGGGUCUACGGAUAUUCUGCUCUCAUCGGAAUCGGCGCGGGUAUGUUCAUCCAGGCAAGCUUCUCGGUAGCACAGGCCAAGGUAUCCCCGUCACGGGCAUCGGAUGCCUCAUCUUUUAUUGCUCUGGCGCAGAACCUUGGCAUCGUUCUUGCAUUAGCAAUUUCCGGAGCCGUGUUCCAAAACAAGGCACUCGACAAGCUACAGAGUAUUCUGCCCAACCUCCCCCAGCAUGCACUCCGGGGAGCAAUUUCGGGGUCAAACAGCGGGGUCCUUAAGCAGAUACCAGCAGAGACUCGACUGAAGGUGCUCCAUGCCGUGGUCGAUGCCAUGUCUCGCACAUACUAUCUGGUCGUAACCGCCGGCGCUUUGACGGUUGUUGGGUCUCUGUUUAUGAAGGCACGUUGA